GACAAGCUUGAACAUGUCACAAUUGUUGUGCUCUUAGUUAUACCGACAGUCAGGCGACAUUUGUUUGAGAUAUCACAAUCAUGUCUAGGCCCAAGACAGGAGAUAAAAGGAAGGCAGACUUUGAAGACGGCUCAGAUGCUUCUUGCUCAACACAAUAUGACUCUGGAAAUCCCGGUAUCUCAGAAAGUGAUUCUGAUUCCGAUCCACUGUUAAAGAUUUUCAACGACCCUAUUCAUGGGACUAUAAGAGUGUCGGGUCUGUGUAUGAAGAUAAUAGACACCCCACAGUUUCAGAGGUUGAGGUAUUUGAAGCAGCUCGGAGGAGGUUACUUUGUAUAUCCGGGCGCAACACACAACAGAUUUGAACACAGCAUCGGGACUUACCAUCUCGCAGGGAAAUUUGCUCAGAUUCUGGAAUGGAAACAACCUACAACUUUUGGAAAAGAUGAAAUCAAGUGUAUUGAAAUAGCAGGACUUUGCCAUGAUCUCGGACACGGCCCAUUCUCACACGUUUUUGACAACAUGUUCAUACCUCGGGUAAAGCCAGACAGCAAGUGGAAGCAUGAAGAUGCGUCAGUGAUGAUGCUGGAACACCUACUUGAAGAAAAUGGCCAUGUGAAGAGUGCCUUUGACGAGCUUGGCAAAGACUGGAGUUGUCUCGAGCUGGUUAAAGACCUCAUAUUAGGUGGAAAAGAAACAAAGCAUGUGACUGAUCCAAGGGUGAUUAAAAUGAGAAGUAACAAACCAUACCUUUAUGAAAUUGUAGCCAACUCCAGAACAGGAAUUGACGUGGACAAGUGGGAUUACUUCGCGCGUGACUGUCACAUGGUGGGCAUGAAAAACAACUUCGACCACGACAGGUACAUGGAGAUGGCUCGUAUCAUCGACGUCGACGGGGAAGGUCGACGGAUCUGUACAAGAGACAAAAAUGCCAGUAAUCUGUACGACAUGUUUCGCACCCGGGAAACCCUACACCGAAGAGUCUAUCAGCACCCAGUUACCCGUGGAGUGGAACUUAUGAUUGUUGAUGCGCUUGUAAAACUUGACAAAACGGCGCUGAUACCAGGGAAAAAUGCCAGUAAAAUAUCCGAAUGUAUUGAUGACAUGGCGGCCUAUUCCCAGCUGAAUGACAGCAUCCCUUCAACUGGUGGAUCUCCCUGUGACACUCGGGACGAGUUCCCAAGACUCUGACGCAGCACUGAAAGAUGCAAGUGACAUCGUGAAAAGAAUACAGAAAAGAGAUUUAUACAAGUGUGUUAGCAAACACAUUGUGAAGGAGGAUUUUAAUCGA